AUUAGGGCAGUAAAUUCUUUUCGAUUUUGUGAAUGGUAAGGGUAUGACAACUCCUAGGCAGCUGAGCCGAAGGAUUUGAGGCAGGACAUACUAYAACUACAUUACCCAUCAGCCCCAGCGACCGAGUCGUCACAGUGAAGACAAACAUGGCGGUUGUCGGACCUCUAUCAAGAAUCGCCCGGCUUGGCCGCAACAUCUGUCAGAACCACCGGUUAAUAUUUAACAAAAUCUCACAGAGACGAGGAAUAGCUUCGUGUAUCGACCCUUCUCAUGGACUCUCAGAUGAACAGAAGGAAUUUCAAAAAGUGGCCUUUGACUUUGCAGCCAAUGAAAUGUCUCCACACAUGGCAGAGUGGGACCAAAAGGAAGUCUUCCCGGUGGAGACGAUGAGGAAAGCGGCUCAACUGGGUUUCGGUGGGAUCUACGUUCAGCCAGAUGUCGGAGGAUCGGGCCUUUCUCGGCUCGACACGUCGAUCAUCUUUGAAGCUCUGUCCACAGGAUGUGCCAGCACCACGGCCUACAUAAGCAUCCACAACAUGUGCGCCUGGAUGAUUGACACUUUCGGCAAUGUCGAUCAGAGGGAGAAGUUCUGUCCUGAUCUCUGUUCGAUGGAGAAGUUUGCUUCUUAUUGUCUCACUGAACCAGGCAGUGGCAGUGAUGCGGCUUCACUCCUGACUUCUGCACAGAAAAAAGGUGACCAUUACAUCUUAAAUGGCUCGAAGGCCUUCAUCAGUGGAGGAGGAGACACAGACGUGUACGUGGUGAUGUGCAGAACCGGAGGUAAAGGACCGAAGGGCAUCUCGUGUCUGGUGGUGGAGAAGGGAACGCCAGGCCUCAGUUUUGGCAAAAAAGAAAAGAAGGUGGGCUGGAACUCUCAGCCUACCAGGGCGGUGAUAUUCGAGGACUGCGCGGUUCCUGUCGCCAACCGUCUCGGCGAGGAAGGGCAGGGCUUCAGCAUCGCCAUGAAGGGCCUGAACGGAGGCAGGAUCAACAUCGCUUCCUGCUCGCUGGGCGCGGCCCACGCCUGCGUGCUGCUCGCCAGGGACCACCUGCUGGUGCGCAAACAGUUUGGAGAGACGCUCGCCAACAGCCAGUUUCUUCAGUUCAAACUGGCAGAAAUGGCCACAAAGUUGGUCACUUCUCGUCUUCUAGUGCGUGACGCUGCGACGGCGUUGCAGCAGAACCGGUCCGACGCCGUCACGCUCUGCUCCAUGGCCAAACUGUUCGCCACAGACGAGUGCUUUAAUAUCUGUAACCAGGCUCUCCAGAUGCACGGAGGCUACGGUUACCUGAAAGACUACGCAGUGCAGCAGUUUGUGCGGGACAUCAGAGUCCAUCAGAUCCUCGAGGGAACCAAUGAGGUGAUGAGGAUGAUUAUUUCCCGAAAUCUGCUGACGGAGUCGUGAUCUUCAGACCUGCUCCUAAACUGUCUGCAGUUUUUGUCAUCUAAACGUAUCAGUUUGGGGACGAUCAAACUGUUGUGCAGCGUUGACUCAGCUGACUGUUGUGACACUAAUCAGUGCAAUAUCUUUGUAAUACCUGCAACAUUUUCAACAAUAAAGUAUAGAUUGUAGCUCAAAG